AUUCCGAUCAGACGUUUACUGUUUUCAUUGAGCUUAUGAGUACCGUUCGUUCUAGACUAUUUCGAAGUGGAACAGUGCGAGUCAAACAAACUGAAUCAAGUGAAGUGUCUCCACUUGAAGCUGGUCAUCAGGCAUGCUGGCAUGCAACACCUUCCAAUUUAUGAAUCCGUUGUUGAGGUUAUACAAGCGUUCCUGUUGUCGUUUCCUCUUGCUGAGUUUGAUGUGUCUAGCUGCAGCAUAGCUGUUGACAUCAAAGCGAAGAAAAAAGUUCAUCAUGACUAUGACAGACAAGUGUUCUAUGUUCGCGUUUCCAGUAGUCAAGACUUGGAUUUACAAAAUCUGUUCAAAGAAAAGGCCCUGACACGAUUUACGGAGGUACUGCUGUACAUGCAAUGUGGUGAGGAGGAGGGUCACUUGUCAGUACAGCGGCCCUGUCAGGACCACAUGCGUGGCAGUGUGCAGGAGGUCUUCUGGUUGGAACAGACAGAUCUAGGGGACAUAACCCUCAAAUGUCAGCAUUCAACAGAGGCUCCAAAUACAGACUUCAACGAGACUCCGCCCCCUUUUGUGAUACAUUUCAGGAUUGUUCAGAGUGAAAGCCACAUCGUGUCAGAGGGACAGCUUAUACACAAAUUCUUACACAAGCUGAAAUUCCUGCAUGGAAAGUUGGAGACGACAUUUUCCAUGAAAGUGUGUGGAGCUGUAUGUCAGACAGAUUUCAGUGUGAGGAAUUUCGUUCAAGUCAAGGGUGUGUCGUUUGUUGAUGACUUGAGAUUCUUCUUUGGGAAGGGUUGUCUGAAGACUAUGUGUUGUGGGACUGUGAAAGGGUUCAAGGGAAGAAGCAUGGCAGUUGGAGUGAACUCUGGGUGUCCUCUCUCCCCCUCCCCCCUCUCCGUGUCAACCAUGGCAUGUCUCUACCCAGUCACAGAGCGUUACCCACAGCAUACAGGCUCCGGGGGAAUCACAGGCCAUGUCCUCAUAAAUUUUUAUGGUCCACAACUGUCCCCUUUGCUGAUGAGCAGGGGACAUUUGACGAUGCUGGACAUACGCAAACUGACAGAUUGGAACACAAUGUCACUGUGGUUGACAGACACGGAACAGAAGAUGCAAAGUGACAUGACAGCUGCAGCCACUCUGACCAAUCAGCGUUAUCUACCACCCUGGGCCUCUGGGGCCACCUCGUUCCUUCUGUGCCUGGCUGUGAUUGUCUCCGAUCCUCGUGCAGAGGACCACACCAGCAGAAAUCGAGAGAUCAUCAAGCAUCUUCAAGGUGACCCAAACUUCCUUCCCCAGUUGUAUCCGGCCAUAGGGGAGAGCCUGCACUCGUCCUUACAACACAUCUUUGCUAACAGAGCUACUGAAUAUGAGAAGAUGCAUGGGAAGACGUACGUCCAGUCAAUCCAAAUGAUAGCAUCUGCCAUCUGUGAUGUCUUCAAUCACAGCACCAAUGUCAGCUUCAGAAAUGACAUGAGCCAUUUAUUACAGGUUGACACGAGGCAGACACUGGAAAAUGCUCUCAAGGCGCGACUACUGGAAAUAGCCCAUGUGUCUGAUGCUGAGAUCCUGGAGACCGAGACUGGUGAUGCAGACACAGACAUAGAUGAAUGGGGAGAGGCCACGCAUCCCAGGCGUGCCCACACUGCAGGUUCUACAGGGGACAACGAGGACACCGCACACUCCAUAGCAACCUCACAGGUUCUGUGGAAUGUGUUUUCAAGACAGCAAGUAAACCUUGCCACAAAUAUGCUGCAGGAACCAGAUGACUUUGAUGAAGACAUUCAUUCGAGGUCAUAUCGUUUACAUGGCAACAGUUUACGAACAGAGACCCAGCAAGAUUUGUCCUCAAGUGAAAGGGCAAGGCAGGGAUCACCUGGUGUGAUAAGUGUGGACUCAGAUUUGGAGAUGAGUUUGAAUAUUCAGGAUAUUGAUAAUUUUGAAGAUGACACUGGAUCAAGGUCUCUCCCAAGCAGAACUCUGGAUACCAAUCAGGUCUUGGUGCAAGAACCCCAUUUUUACCCAGUGAACCAAAGGGAGGAUGAUGAUCUGGUUGUUCCCCCGAUUUCCCCCGCCACGUUCUCAGACGCUGGUAGACCACACCAUCAGCAGCAAUCAGUAGAUGACUGGUUGAAUGAAGUAAUGCUGGAUGUUGCAGACUGGCUCUGACUAAAUCAGAUACACUGAAAUUGUAUGUUGUAAUGUAAGACUGUACAGUUUGGUUUGCUGGCAAAAUAUCUGUGGUUAAGUUAUACUUAUAUGUACUUAUAUCAAUGACAUUGAUAUAAUCGUAUAGUGAUGGUUUAUCAUUUUCAAGUUGAAAUAAAAUGUGAGUUAUU